AUGCCAUCGACUAAGUACGGCAGUGGCUCUGGGGGUGGCGAUGACCCCUUCAAGAACAGCACCUCGGGCUCCAUGUCGAAGAAGCUAAAAGAGCCCAAGAAGAAGAGGGGUGACUCAAAAAAGAAGGAAGAAGAACAGUCAUCAAACCGAGAGUCCCAAAGAGCGUACAGAGAGCGCCGGGAACGCCGACUCACCGAACUCGAGCUCCAGGUCCAGGAGGCUGAGGUGCUCAACCAGACCCUCACAACGGCAUACCAGGAAUUGAAGGCCGAGAUCGACAGGCUGCAGGCCGAGAAGGCGCAGGAGGCGUACUACGCCAGCAUGGCCGCGCAGGCCGGACCUUCUUACGAUGCUUCUUACGCGGGCUCGUCUUCGGGUGCUACCGGCUACGAGCAGCAAGGAGACCCGAACUUGUGGGCGUAUGACAGUAACUGGGUUCCUGAAGAGUGGGACGACGGGGGAAAUGGGAACCAACAGUACUGA